GCCCGCUCCCCGCUCUCCCAGCACUCUCACAGUGCUGUAUUUCCCGCGGCUCCGGGGAACUGCACGGCUCCGAACCCGCUCCUGUGCCUGUGCCCCGCGGGCGGGGCUCGCUCCCGCCGCCGGCGCGGACCAGCGCACACGGGCUGGGCUGGGCUCCCACCCCCCGACCUCCCUGGGGACAUCGCGGGACAGCCCGGAGGAGGAGGAGAACCAGGAAAGGCGGAAUCAGCCGCCCGGGGAAAGCCCGGCCCUCUGCUCGCCUCCCUCAGGCUCUGCCCGGCCCUGGCGCCGUGGGGCCGCCCAGCGGGCGGGGGCCGCGCAGGGCCCGAGGAGGCCCCAGACCCCUCCGAGCGGGCGUGAUAGGGGUCGGUGGGGCGAUGGGGGCCGGCGGGGCGAUGGGGGGCCGCGGGCUGCUGCUGCUGCCAGUGCUGCUGCUGCUGGGCGCCGCGGGGCCGCGGCUGCAGCCGGCGGAGUCGGCGGACCCCGAGGACCCCGUCAGCGCCGAGAGGAGCCUGGCGUGGGGCCCCGGGCUGGAAGCGGGGGUCACCGUCCCCGUGCGGUACUUCUACAUCCAGGCGGUCAGCGCGGCCGGACGGAACUUCUCCCGCUCCCCGCCAGGAAGAACACAGUUUAAAGUGGUAAUUAAAGCACUUUCUCCAAAAGAAGUCACCAGAAUUUACACGCCUCGGCCUUUGGAUAGAAAUGAUGGUACAUUCCUUAUGCGUUAUCGGAUGUAUGGAAGUGUCACAAAAGGCUUGAAAAUUGAGAUACUUUAUGGUGAUCAGCAUGUGGCUCAAUCACCUUAUAUUUUGAAAGAACCAGUUUAUCAUGAAUACUGUGACUGUCCUGUAGAAGACCCUGAGGUCUGGCAGGACAUGAUGUCCUGUCCAUCCCAAGAGCCUCAGAUUACAAAAGACUUCAUUUCAUUUCCCACCAUUGACCUGCAGCGAAUGCUCAAGGAAAUCCCAGCCAAGUUCAGCCAAACAGGAGGUGCUAUUGUCCAUUACAGUAUCGUGGAUAAUCACAUCUACCGGCGCUCCCUUGGGAAGUACACCGACUUCAAGAUGUUCUCCGAUGAAAUGUUCCUGUCGCUGGCCAGGAAGGUUCGUCUUCCUGACGUGGAGUUUUAUCUCAAUGUUGGAGACUGGCCAGUUGAGCACAGGAAGGUUAAUGAUACACCUGGGCCUGUACCUGUCAUCUCCUGGUGUGGCUCUGUGGAUUCCAGAGAUAUCAUCCUGCCAACAUAUGAUGUAACCCACUCGACUCUGGAAACCCUGCGUGGAGUCACCAAUGAUCUCCUUUCCAUUCAAGGGAAUACAGGCCCCUUCUGGGAAAACAAAACUGAGAGGGCUUUAUUCAGAGGUCGAGACAGCCGAGAAGAACGUCUCCAUCUUGUCAAGUUAUCCAAGGAAAAUCCAGAACUACUAGAUGCUGGAAUAACUGGAUAUUUCUUCUUCAGAGAAAAAGAAAAAGAGCUGGGGAAGGCUCAGCUGAUGGGCUUUUUUGACUUCUUUAAGUACAAAUACCAAGUGAAUGUAGAUGGCACCGUAGCAGCUUACAGGUUUCCAUACCUCUUGCUGGGUGACAGCCUGGUAUUGAAGCAAGAUUCCCAGUACUAUGAACACUUUUAUAUUGGAUUAAAACCUUGGAAGCAUUAUGUUCCAGUUAAGAGAAACUUAGAGGACUUGCUAGAGAAAAUAAAAUGGGCUAAGGAGAAUGAUGAGGAAGCAAGAAAAAUUGCUAAACAAGGACAACUAACAGCAAGAGAAUUACUUCAGCCUCACAGGUUUUACUGCUACUAUUAUAAAGUGCUCCAGAAAUAUGCCGAACGCCAAGCCAGCAAACCUGAAAUACGGGAUGGAAUGGAACUUGUACCUCAGCCUGAUGACAGGGACUCAGUGUGCACAUGCCACAGGAAAAAGCCUUUAAGGGAAGAUCUAUAACUGUACUGGAUGGAGAAAAUUACCCACUUAAAAUGCAGGAAUAGGAAUUAAGCUGUGAAAUCUAAGACUCUUAUGCAGUAGCAGGCGUUCUUAGUUAUGUAUUCUUCUUGUAUUUUCAUACCAUUUUUCCUGCUCAUUCUGAUCUACAGUGUUGGUUCUCACAGUUUUGGCUCCAUGACCACCACCAGACAGACAGUGAACCUGCAGUGGGGAGUGUCUGGGGGAUUUGUUUGAUGUACUGCAUCAUCAGGAAGCAGAGCACAGAGCUGCUCGUGUUCCAGAUGGGACCUAUUUACCGAAGUUUUGUGAGGAACUAGUCGCCGCAAAAGAUCUUGCCAUGAGUCAGUGCAAGUUAUUCUAAAGGAGCAUUUGUGAUACAUUGAAACAGUGUUAUGAUUUCUUCAUAAUGUUACCUCAGUGUUAGAUUGUUUCUUGUAUGCAAAACAAUUUUUGAACUAGACAAAGAAAAUGAAUAUUUGAGAUUUACAGAUAUCAGAUCUGGUCAUGCUUUCAGAUUAUUUUGUGGUUUAUGACAGGUAACAGACAACAUGAUAUAACACUCAUCAAUUUUAGAGGAAAAUGGAGAGCAGGGGGAGAGAUUAGAAAAAUGUGUUUAUAAGCAUCAUGUCUGUGAAUCACCAGAAUUAAAUAUUGCUUUAAAACAGA